AGUUUGGCAUUGGCACUCUGGACUCUGAAGAUUGGAAUAAGAGAGAGAGAGAAUAUAAUUACAAACGCAGAGCCAUUUUUGGCAAUACUAUAUAUAUAUUUAUUAGUGUCUGUAAUUCUCCAUAUAUAUAUCAUCCUCGUUAUUCUGUCUCGUCAGAUUUCACGAGCUUUAAAUUUUUUUUUUUUUUAAUUUAUCAAUUAUUGUUCACAAGAAUGAUUUCAUCACUUUCUUUGCCCAUCUUGGUUCUCUCAUUGCUCAUCGCCGGCGCUUCCACCUUUAAACUAGAUCAUAAUGCGCCGUUGUUCACUUACUCGGGAUUGACGGGCCCUGCAAAAUGGGGAAGCUUGUCUCCUGACUACUACAAGUGCUCGUCUGGAAAAGUGCAGUCUCCUGUGAACAUUAAGAAAGACGAAGUCGUUCGCAACAAGAAGUUGAAGCCCUUGACCAGAGACUACAGGCCUGCAAACGCCACACUUAUCAACAAUGGCUUCAACAUUGGGAUACAUUUUGAAGAAAGCCCAGGGGUGUUGGACGUGGACGGCAAGAGUUACACCUUGAAGCAAAUGCAUUGGCAUUCUCCUUCUGAGCACCGUAUUAACGGAGUCCAAUAUCCAGCAGAGCUACAUUUAGUCCACAGAUCGGACGAUGGAAAUCUCUCAGUUGUAGCAGUUCUCUUCAAGUACAGUGAUCAUCCUGAUCCCCUUCUCUCCAAGAUGAAGGUCAAAGUGCAUGAGCUGGCUAAGGAUGUUUGUGCAGGCGACGAGGAGGCUCAUAUCCCACUUGGAACCUUGAAUCUGAAACAACUAAGGAAGCGGACCAGAAAGUACUACAGAUAUGUCGGAUCUCUCACCACUCCUCCAUGCUCCGAGACGGUCAUUUGGAACAUCCUCGGAAAGGUUAGGUGCAUCUCCAAGGAGCAGGUAGAAGCCAUAAAAGCACCAUUGCAUUCACCUUACAAGAACAAUUCAAGGCCAUGUCAGCUCCUAAAUGGGCGCAAGAUUGAGCUAUACGAUGAACUUGAUGACGACAAGUGACAGCUAAAUUAUCUGUUGUCGUCUUUCGUAGUAGUUCAAAUGAGACAUCAACGUAUUCUAAAUAAACGACAGAAAAACAAUGUAUAUGCACGGAACGGAAAGUACUGUUGUUCUGAACUCUAAAGUUUAGGAAUGAAAGUUGAGCCAAACAAGUU